AUGAAUGAGGACCUGUUUUAUGAUAGAUUGCACCAACGAUGCCCGAAAGGAUACCUUCUAGAGGAGUUAGAAACAAGCGAACCCAACGUUGUCCUGCAUUUAUCAAGAUUCAUUGAUGAAAUGGAACAGGUGCGACACACAAAUGCAUAUUAUUGCAAAACGAUAAUAAAAACGCUUUUGGACAAUGAGCAGAUCUUUGGUAAUGCGCUCGUAAUAAUCGAUGAUGACGAAGACGGGAUCGAGAUAUCUGAUUAUCUUUACGAGAAGUACAUAGAAUUACUGAGCACAGGAAAGCCAGACCCAACGAUGAAAGAGGUUAUAAGAUACAGGUUUGACCGGAAUGUGAGGAUAAAAAUUGAAGAAACGCCAAAUUUAAUCAGCGCGGCGAGCACUACAGGUUUCAGAACAUGGGAAGCUGCAUUGUACAUGGGAGAUUUCCUCAUUAAUAAACCGUUGCAGGAGUUGGCGUUAACACAAGAAGAACAAGAGGAAGACAAGAAGAAAUUGAACGUUCUCGAGAUCGGCGCUGGGACAGGCAUAGUGAGCCUCGUCCUUUCACAAAAUUAUCGCAAUUUUGUGAACAAGAUGUACGUUACCGAUGGCGAUUCAGACCUAGUUGAACGACAACUGAAAAAGAAUUUCGAGUUGAACGAUGCAUUAAGUGAGCACAAGCCAGACAUCAGGUUUCAAAGGUUAUGGUGGGGUAGCGAUAAGGUCCCCGACGACAUAGAUCUAGUAGUGGGGGCCGAUGUUACAUACGACUCAACCAUCUUUCCUGAACUGUGCAAGUGUCUGGCUGAGUGCCUUGCCAUAAACCGGUGUAAGAUGUGCCUCCUGUCUGCGACGAUCAGAAGCGAGUCCACCGACAAACUAUUUGCUCAAGAGUGCAGUAAACUUGGACUAGAGUACACCAUAGUUACCAGCACCGAGUGUGACAAGAGUAGCGAGACUCGAAUGGUAGAAGCCCUGUUAUUCAAUCCUUUAAUUGCGCCCAUUCGGAUUUACAAAAUCACGAGGAAAUAG